AUGUAUAUGGGUCUGUUGCCUUCGCUCUCAGUGGCUGGGAUAUUGCUUCUAUUGCUCGUUGAUGGCGGUGCUGCCAGGCGUAAUUGGAAUUACGAACCAAUCUCUAUAGAUGUCAGAUCGGCGGAUGCAUCGAAAGUGCAAGUUGAGGCAAAGAUUGAACGCAUCGGACGCAGGGAAUACGCUUAUACGGGCAAAAUGGUAGUAAAUUACGAUAUGGACGAUGCGACUAUGGUGGAGGCUACGAUUUAUCGCAGCUAUUCGGGGAACGAGGACGAUUACAAGCUUUUGCCCUUCGACAUACCGAAGCAGACAUUUAAAAGCAUUGUCGAAUCGUAUUACAAGGACAUUAUCUACAAGAAUCUGGAGCACUGCUCGAAUUUGGCCAAGCCGGAGAAUGCAUACCCCUGGCCCAAAGGCACCUACAUUUUCGAUAAGUGCACUGUGACUGGUGAUGGAUUGCCCGAAGUUCUGCCCGAGGGCUACUACAAGGUCAACUUCGAAAUCAGCGGACCAGUCGAGGCUGGCUUAACAGUUAUUGCAAAGUUGACCACGGGUUAUGACUAAUUUGGUUAAGCCCAAAGACAACCGAAGGGUCAUGGCAUAGCAAAAUCAAUAUUGAGUACUUUAUAUGAACAGUUAUCAAAAGAAUUAGGUUAGUUUUAACAGUAUCUAUCCGAGUGGUUCCAAGAAAACACAUGUUAUAUUUAAU